AUGGGUGAUAAGUCACUGACGACUCCCGAACCCGAAGACGACGUGGUACAAAUGUCAAAGGAGUAUUUCGACCUUUUGGUCGCUCAAGUUGCUGCGGCUAGGCACAAUUCGACCACUCAAGAAUCCCCGAAGCAGCAGGAAUCCGCGCAAUAUCCGAUUCUUCAAGAUGGAGAAACUAGGACGAAUCUCCAGAGGGCAAUCACUCUGCUGACCCAGCGCAACGAAUUGCUAGUCGUUGCCGAUUCAGAUCCAGACGUAUUCAAGUUCUUCGAGCAGCAGUCGAAGGCUGAUUCGAUGCAAGUGUCUAGCCCAAUACUAGCCGCCUUCUUCAGGGACAAGAAGAAAAAGGAGGAGAGAAAACAGCCAGCGCAGCCUCGCAAGUGGAGAUCCGCUGGCAUAAACAUAGCGGUGUAUCUGGACGAUGGCCUCUUGUGGUCUGAUUCCGCACGCGAGUGCGAGGAAGCAGUGAGUGUGGUCAGAGCUGACUUGCGGCAUGCCGGCUUCUCGACAGCCGAGGCUAAAUGUUCCUGGAUCCCGAUCCAGAGGAUGAUCUGGUUAGGUCACGAGAUAGAUUUGGCGGAAAUGACUCUGAAUGUCACGAGAGAGAGAAGGGAGAGAGCUAGGCUUUUAGCCAAAAGAAUAUUGAGGAUGAAGGGUCCACCCCUUUGGGACAGACUGCGGUGGCAGGGCACUUUGGCAUCGAUGCACCUGGUAAUCCCUCUAGACCUAAGAAAGCGAUGGAAAGCCGUAGUGUCCCAGGUAGCGGAGAAAGAGAGUUUGGGCACAGCGAUGAGCUUCAAAUGGGCUCUUACUUCGCAGGAAAAAGCGGAAAUCCAGGCUUGGCUGGAAUUUGACGCAUCCUUCGGGGGUGCGCCUAUCUCGGCAAUCGCGGGAGUUUCAAAUGCGCUAAGGGCCUUUUCGGACGCGUCAGAUUCUGGAGUAGGGGCGAUUUUGUACUUGUCUUGGACGGAAAAGUUAUGCGCAUCAGCGAACCUGCCUCCAGAGCUAGUAGGUUCAUCCAGUACUGCCCGGGAGCUCUUUGCCAUCUUGUUCGGCUUGAGAAGUUUCGCCGAGCACUUCAGACUGGAGCAAGUGGUGUGGCACUGCGAUAAUCAGCCGGUGGUAGGCAUACUGAAUAAGGGGUCUACAAAACCGCAUUUGCAGAGGAUGGCGGAGUGCAUUUGGGAUUUUGGGGCGCGAAUUCAGCUUAACAUGGACUUUUCCUGGAUCGCGCGAGAAUUCAAUUCGGAGGCGGACUUGACAUCUCGUAUGCUAGAUCUGGACGACCGGAGCAUCAGAGAGGAAGUAAGCGCGCAAUUACAAGAAAUUUGGGGCGUUUGUACGUUAGAUUUUUUCGCCAGUCAAAAUAGCAAAAAAUGCGCAGCGUUUAUUUCCAGGGAGGCUAGUUCCGAGGCGGUGAUGAACGACGCUUUUUCUCCCGAAGCGAGCAGACUGUGGGAAAGCGUUUGCCUGGUGGGUCCCCCCACCUAG